AUGUCAAGUCCAUUGGAUGCAAAUAGCGACCCCAAUGUCGGGUCGUCUCGAGGCGACGCGUCGUCCACUUCAGGCGAUGCCGUCAGUAGCCUUACUGGCGGUGGAGGUUCGUCUGGCUCGGCGUUGAUGAUGACUUUGUUGCCAGCUCUUGUAUACGCAAUUUUCUGGGUCAGCCUUUUCUUAAUUUUUCGACGCACUCAGCGCCGGUGGUACGCUCCAAGAUCGCAUCUACCUGAUCUGCAUGAACAUGAAAGGAGUCCAGAAUUACCCUCUGGCUGGGUCAACUGGGUCGGGACAUUCUUGAAAAUUGAGGAUAACCAUGUCCUGCACCACUCGUCUCUAGAUGGGUAUCUCUUUCUGCGAUUUCUGCGAGUAUUGGCGGCGACUUGUCUAACGGGCUGCUUAAUCACAUGGCCUAUCCUACUGCCCAUUCAUGCUACCGGCGGUGGUGGGAAUGACCAGCUUGAUAUACUGAGCUUCAGCAACAUCAAAGACCCUAAUAGGUAUUAUGCAAACGUGAUAGUGGGCUGCGUGUACUUCACCUUUGUGUUUUAUGUCGUGACCAGAGAAAGUUUGUAUUACGCGAAUCUGCGCCAGGCCUACCUCAAUUCGCCGGCCUACGCAUCUCGAAUGUCGUCCCGAACUCUCCUCUUCAUGUCUGUGCCCGAAGCGUACAAGAACGAGAAGAAGUUGCGCCAGGUGUUCGGGGAAUCUAUCCGCAAUGUUUGGAUCACCUCAGACUGCUCGAAGCUGAAAUCACUAGUUAGUGAUCGAGAUGGUCUAGCCGAAAAGUUAGAAACUGCAGAGACCAAGCUUAUUCGCCGAGCAAACAAGGCUCGCAUGAAGGCGAUCAGGAAAGGCGAGCUGGAAAUUGACACAUGUCUGGAUUGCGAGUCAAGCAACCCUGCUUGGUCUCAUCAAGUCCAGCGACCAACGCACCGCCUUAAGUUUUUCGGCAAGAAAGUUGACUCCAUUCACUGGUAUCGGACUGAGCUAGCAAAGAAAACCGAGGAAGUGUCAAUUCUCCAAGCUAAGCAUCAGGCUGGUGAUGCGAAACAGCUUUCUGCAAUAUUUGUGGAAUUCAGCAGUCAAAACGAUGCGCAGAUUGCCCUGCAGACUCUUUCCCACCACCAGCCAUUCCAUAUGACCCCACGUUUUGUUGGAGUCUCGCCUCGGGAGGUUGUAUGGUCGGCACUGAAUCUGAGCUGGUGGCAACGAAUUGUCCGAAGAUUCGCUGUCCAAGGAUUCCUUGCGGCAUUGGUAGUCUUCUGGUCGUUUCCCUCGGCCAUUGUUGGUGCAAUCUCGAACAUCAGCUAUAUCUGCACGCUGAUUCCCUUUCUCAAAUUCAUUCUCAAAUUGCCCGACUUCGUCACAGGCGCAAUCGAGGGUCUCCUUCCAUCUGCAGCAUUGGCCGCUUUGAUGGCACUGGUUCCGGUUAUUUGUCGUGUAUGCGCCAGAAGAGCAGGAGUGCCAUCAACUGCCCGGGUCGAACUGUUCACACAGAGUGCCCACUUCGUCUUCCAGGUAGUGCAAGUGUUCCUGGUUACCACAUUGACAUCAGCCGCAUCAGCCGCUACGGCCCAGAUUGUCAAAGAUCCUCUCUCGGUCAAAGACCUCCUGGCGCAGAAUCUCCCCAAGGCUACCAACUUUUACAUCUCCUACUUCAUGCUGCAGGGGCUGAGCAUGAGUUCGAUGGCUCUUGUUCAAAUCGCCAGUGCAUUGGUGUUCAAGUUCGUUACGACUUUCUUUGCUGUAUCCCCACGUCGUCUGUUUCAACGAUGGGCAGAGCUAGGAAGUCUCAGUUGGGGCAAUGUGUUUCCCGUUUUCACCAAUAUGGCUGUGAUUGCACUGACAUACUCGUGCAUUGCACCUUUGAUUUUGGGCUUCGCAUUCCUUGGUUUAUAUCUCGUAUACCAAGCGUAUCGGUACAACUUCCUCUUCGUCUACGACAUUGAGGUCGACACGAAGGGUCUGGUCUACCCACGAGCUCUCCAACAUCUAUUGACAGGCCUCUAUCUCGCCGAGAUCUGCCUUAUCGGCCUCUGCGCCAUCAAAGGUGCGAUCGGACCGGUGAUCAUCAUGGUCAUCUUCCUCAUCGUCAACAUUCUAGCACACAUGUCCCUCAACGAAGCGCUGGCCCCUUUAAACACCUUUCUCCCGCGAUCCCUCGAUGCCGAGGAAGAGAUGCUACAAGAAAAGGAAGACGUCCUGGCAGAAAUCAACGAACAACGCCGAAAUUCCCGCGCAUUGGCCUUCUGGAGAUGGUUCCACCCAAACGUAUACAAAGACUAUGCAGCAUUGCGCCGCAAAGUCCGCCGCAAUGUGGCAGAGAUCUCAUAUACGCCAGAGGAAAUGCGAACAGCUUAUUUCGAACCUUGCAUUGCAUCGCCGCCGCCGACGCUAUGGAUCCCACGCGAUAAGUGGGGUUUCAGUCGUCAUGAGAUCAUGGAAACCGAGUCGAUCAUCAGCAUCACGGAUGAGGGUGCCCACUUGGACGAGAAAAACAAGAUCGUGUGGGAUAAAUAUGAUCCCCAUCUUCCACUGCGAGAGCGGAAGAUCCUGUAUUGA